AUGUAUAUCUACAAAGAUAGAAAUGUCUGCAGUCAGGCCACUUCUACCCGCGCACAGGCCCUCAUCGAAGGUGUGGAGCUGAGGAAACAGGCUAGUGUUGACAAGUACCGGCAUGCACAUAACGCACUGUUAGCUCUCAGCCAUCAACUCAAUAAGUCUGGCUGGGACAUUUCCCUUCCACCACUCUUGGAUUCAGAAGUGAGGCCUAUGGGCGACAUGGAGAGACAAGGGAGUGGUACCAUCUCUUGGAUCUGGCUAGACUCACAUGUUGACAAUAGCAGCUCAGAAAAUGAGCGAGUUCAGGAUUGUGUUCGAGUAGAGUGGUGCAAAGCGUGCACGCACGUAAACUGCUGGUCAGAAGAAGUUGAACUCCUCCUUGAGGAGAUGCGAAGAGUUACAGUAUUCUUGAGGUGGCAGGCAGAGUGGUGGGGUGGAAGGCAUAGUUCUCAAGCCCCAGAGUUGACAGCUGAACAGGAAGGACUGGCUGCAUAUGCAUGUUGA